UAUUCUGUGUUCGAAGGAGAGUUCAAGAUUCGCCCUGACGAAAAGACUGAGGCAUCUACCUACACCGCCAAGAAAGUCGGGAUGAUUGCAGGCGGAACUGGUAUCACUCCAAUGUACCAGCUAAUAAAGCAGGUGUUCAAGGAUCCCAAGGACAAGACUGAGUUGUUUCUGCUCUUUGCCAACCAGAUAAAAGCUGACACAGGGUAUGGUGGGUUUUGUGAUAAAGGAUCAACCACAAGAUCAAAUGCCAAUGAAAAUGUAUUUUCUUGGUCUGCCCCUACUGAAGUUACAGGAGGACUCCAAGGCCAUCGCUGUUGGACAUACAGUAAGGGAUUUGUGAGUGCUGACAUGAUUAGAGACCACCUUCCUGGUCCAGAAGAAGGCACAAUGAUCCUCAUGUGUGGACCUCCUCCCAUGAUUAACUUUGCAUGUAUCCCAAAUCUGGAAAAUCUUGGCUACCCCCCAGAAAUGAGAUUUGCAUACUAAGUGUAAGAUGAUAGCAACCAAGCUGCAGUAGUAUGCACUGAAGAUGUCUACUCUAUGUUAAUUUGUUGAUUGUUGAUACUGGACUUCCAUCUGUUCAAGGGAAUCAUUGGUUUUUUAACACUAUUGACUCCAAUUUUCCUUCCUUAGAAAAUAGUCCUUUGUGGUAAAUUUGCUCUGAAGACUUUGAGUAAUUAUUUGUAAUUUUGGUUCAAAGUUAUUUUUUACGAUACUCAGUAUGCAAAAUGUCUUCCCUGAAAUCAGAGUGAAGUUUAAACUAAAGCUGAUUUUUUUUAUCUUAUUGCAUGACACACUUUGCGAUACAAUAUGGUAUGAAUUUCAGGAACAAUUUAAUACAUUUAGUAUUUCUGAUUAAGUGUCAGAUAAAAAGUGUUGGAUAUCAAGUUACCUUCUUUCUGUAAAAAAAAAAAAAAAAAGAAGGGAAAUGUUGUAGCGAAUUAAAUGUGAUGUCUGUUAUUAUAUGCUACAGUAGAAAAGUGCUAUUACAUACAAGAAUUGUCCAUAUCUUUGACUCAAACUUUUUUGUGACAAAAGAAAUAUAUAUUGUACAAAGAAAGAAAUGCAAUGUUCAAGCUUGGAAUUUGAUGAGAAAAUAAAAACUCAGAGUGAUAUUUAUUAUGAGAGUCUGUUAUCACUUUUUUUCUACACUUUGGUAUUCUGUAAUCGUGUUGAUGGGAUUUUUUUUAUAGCUUUUACAUAUCAAUCAUAUAUACUUCUGGAUAAAGCUGAAGGUACUAUAAUCCUAUAGAGACUCAUUAUGGACCGUCAUUUUCAUUUUCUUUAAAUGUCAACAGGAACAUGUUAUUAGAAAUUUCAAUAAUCAAGGAUUUUUUCAAUCAUAAAAUAAUAAAAUCAUAUACAUCCAUAUUGAUAUAGGUUGAUUUAAUUGAAUAUUUUUUGUACUUUUCUCUGUUCAGUGUGUUUGGCACAAGUACUUCAAAAGUGCAUUUCAUUUAGAUAUUUUUUAUACUAUUAAAUAAGUCAUUUGUAAAAUGUAUAAAUACAUGUUAGAAUGAGGGAUGGUAUCUUCUAUAUAUAAAGAGUAUGUCUCUUUUCUGUGUGUGGAUAGAGAUGAGAAUGAAUGCUUAAUAACAGCCUAUACAUAUUGUACUAGAGUCUAUACUUAUGAAUUAAUAUGAAUAAACAUUUGCCUUGCUUUCA